CUUCCAUCCCCGACUUUGACACGCUCUCUUAACCUUCUUUAUAGCCAUCUUUCCCCCAGCCUCUCCCCUGAUUAGUACCAGGAAGAUGUCUGCUACCACCGUCCCCACUCCUAUCAACGGCACCAAGAACGACUCCAGGGUCAUCCUCGGGAAGGAUGGUCAACCCAUCGUCACCGUCGGCUUGAAGCGCUUUGGCUUCGACAGUGAAGUUCCCCUUGAGGCCCUCCGUGAGCUCUACAUGCGCCCUCAGUAUGUGCAGGCGAACUCAGGCUCUGGUGCUGCCGACGAUACCGGCGCUAAGGCGAUCUACCACCCGAACGAUGGCACCAUCUCUUAUACCACUUUGUCGCGUUUCCCCCCAGUCAAGUUCCUGCCGCCUUCCGAGAGGAAGCGUAUCCUUGUCACUGGUGGUGCUGGUUUCGUCGGCUCCCACCUGGUCGAUCGCCUCAUGAUGCUUGGUCAUGAGGUUACCGUGCUCGACAACUUCUUCACUGGCUCCAGGACCACCGUCAACCACUGGGUUGGCCACCCGAACUUUGAGAUGGUCAGACAUGACGUUGUUGAGCCCUUUAUGAUCGAAUGUGAUCAGAUCUACCAUCUUGCGUGUCCCGCGUCCCCGCCGCACUACCAGUACAACGCGGUUAAGACAAUCAAGACGUCCUUCAUGGGUACCUUGAACAUGCUCGGUCUCGCUAAGCGUACCAAGGCGCGUUUCCUUAUCUCAUCCACCUCUGAGGUGUACGGUGAUCCCGAGGUCCACCCUCAGCCGGAGGACUACUGGGGUCACGUCAACCCCAUUGGCAUCCGUGCCUGCUACGAUGAGGGCAAGCGCGUUGCUGAGACGCUUACCUACGGUUAUCACCGUCAGGACAAUGUCGACGUUCGCGUCGUCCGUAUCUUCAACACUUACGGUCCCCGCAUGAACCCCUACGACGGUCGUGUCGUUUCCAACUUUAUCAUCCAGGCCCUCAAAGGCGAGGAUCUUACGGUGUACGGUGAUGGCACCCAGACCCGCUCCUUCCAGUUCAUUCACGAUCUCAUCGACGGCAUGAUUGCGCUGAUGAACUCGAGCGAGACCCGUCCCGUCAACAUUGGCAACACCGACGAGUUCUCCAUUGGCGAAUUUGCAGAGAUCGUCAGUGAGGUCGUCGCCAAGGUGCAGAAGGAAGACGGCAUCGUGGCUCCCAAGGUGAAGAUCGUCUACAAGCCUCUGCCCGGCGACGACCCUCAGCGUCGUCGCCCCGACACGACGCGUGCGAAGGAGGUCCUUGACUGGCAACCCAGGUGGAACGUUCGCAUGGGUGUCGAGGAGAUGGUCCGCUACUACAAGGCUAAAAUGGCUCAGGGUGCCCUGUGAGGUACUCCUGCAUUGAAAGAGUUACGCUCAUAAUAGAGGUUCGAGGGGCGAACCCGGACAAUGCCUUGCUUGACUUGAUAGAUGCGACUGGAUGCCUAUAUCUUCCCCCGUGCUCCCUCAAUUCGUUCUUUUCUGAAUCUCUCUCUCGUCCGGACCCAACUUAGUGGCGACCCGCCGUUACACUACUUUCCCAAAGCCUUGUUAUUCGUUCCCUUGAAAGCAAUAUCAAUUCACGUAGCG